UUCCCCUGCCGUUCAACUAGUGCAGAUCCCUUUUCCCCUUUCUUUUUCUCCAAUCACUCCUGGAGCCUGCUUUUCAACAGCUACACCGCUGCAUCUCCUGAGUUUCCUGAGUUUUGGUCUGAACUGCCUCUUCACUCUUUUCUCUCUGGUAACAAAAUCAUCUUGAUGUGGUGUUUCUUCUUUGGGAGGGUGUUAAAUCGGCAGGCCUUGCACCUAAUCAUUAUGGAAGACAUAACUAAAAUGUCUGAAGAUGUCAGCAAGAAAUUGUUGACAGAAGUUAGCCAUGGUGAAGAACAUCUUAACGAGGAAGAGAAACUCAAGGACCGGAUAUGGAGUGAAUCGAAAAAAAUGUGGGUUGUUGCAGCUCCAGCAAUAUUUACCAGAUUUUCAACAUUUGGGACUAGUGUCAUCACCCAGGCAUUUGUUGGUCAUAUUGGAGCUACACAGCUGGCUGCUUACUCUUUGGUCCAGACUGUCCUUUUGAGGUUUGCCAAUGGCAUCCUGUUGGGCAUGGCUAGUGGAUUGGAAACUCUUUGUGGGCAAGCCUAUGGUGGAAAGCAAUAUCAUAUGCUUGGAGUCUAUCUGCAAAGGUCGUGGAUUGUCUUAUCUGUGACAUCAACUGUGCUUCUACCAAUUUUCAUUUUCACUGCCCCAAUUUUAAGAGCUUUAGGACAGGAAGAAGCUAUUUCAGAAGCGGCAGGAACUAUUGCUGACUGGUUAAUUCCUGUGCUCUAUGCAUUCGGUGUAUCAUUUACCUGCCAAAUGUUCCUCCAAGCACAAAGCAAGAACAUGAUUAUUGCAUAUGUGGCAGCCUUUUCUCUAUCAAUCCACGUGCUUCUCUCAUGGCUUUUAACAGUGAAAUACAAAUAUGGAAUUCCUGGUGCCAUGAUUUCUACAAUCUUGGCUUUUUGGCUUCCCAAUGUUGGCCAACUUCUGUUUGUUCUUUGCGGAGGCUGCCGGGAAACAUGGAAAGGUCUUUCAUCCUUGGCUUUCAAAGAUCUCUUGCCAAUUAUUAAGCUUUCAUUAUCAUCUGGUGCAAUGGUAUGUCUCGAGCUGUGGUACAACACCAUAUUGAUUCUUCUUACUGGAAACAUGAAGAAUGCAGAGGUUGCAAUUGAUGCUCUUUCUAUUUGCCUAAAUAUUAGUGGCUGGGAGAUGAUGAUUUCUCUUGGCUUCAUGGCUGCAGCAAGUGUACGAGUUGCGAAUGAACUUGGAAGGGGGAGCGCUAAAGCAGCAAAGUUCUCCAUAUGGUUUUCAGUUCUGACAUCUUUGGCCAUUGGAUUUGUGCUAUUCAUAUUCUUUCUCUUCUUUCGAGAACGUGUAUCUUACAUAUUCACCACAAGUCCUGAUGUGGCUGUAGCAGUUGGUCAGUUAUCGCCAUUGUUAGCAUUUUCCAUACUUCUGAACAGUGUUCAACCGGUUCUUUCUGGGGUUGCUGUGGGGGCUGGAUGGCAGGGAACUGUGGCAUGGGUCAACGUGGGUUGCUAUUAUUUGCUAGGCAUACCCAUUGGAGUGGUGCUUGGUUACGUUAUUAAAUUGCAAGUACAAGGUGUUUGGAUUGGAAUGCUAAUUGGUACGCUAGUCCAAACCAUUGUACUUGUUGUAAUCACAUUGAGGACAGAUUGGGAUCGACAGGUAUUGAUUGCACAACAACGAAUCAAUAGGUGGUUUAUACCAUCUGAAAAUGACAAUAGAUCCGAAUCUCUCUGAUAUAUUUGAUGUUUUCGUCUUUUACUUUGUCAUUAAAACUAAAUUAAAUGCUUAAUUGCAGCACAACAAUAAUUAACUCUACAUUAUUCUGUAGAAUGCAAAUGAUUGAAAAAGGAAGAAUUAUUAUAAAUAUGUUUACUAGACUAUUUUGAUC